UAUUUCAACCAACAGUCUAGAGAUUAUAGAAAAGAAUGGCUUCAAAACGACUAAAAUCUUUAUUUUGUGGUUGUUUUCCACGACUUCGACGAAAGAGAAAAAACAAGAUUUCCAUUGAAGAACGCGUAAUCGAAGAGCAGAAGAGCAAUGCGGAGUCUGAGAAACAUCUUCAGAUUCGCAUUGAAGAACCUGUUGUAGAACAGAAAAACAAUGAGGAAUCUGAGAAACAACUUCAGAUUCCCAUUGAAGAAAUCAUUGUAGAAGAGAACAAUGAAGAAUCGGAGAAACAUCUUCAGGAUGAAAAACCUUCAGAAUCACCGGAGGAAACAUCACAACCUCAGUUUGUUGAUUGUAGAGAAGAACCAUCGGAAAAUGAAGAUGAUGUUUUUUGCUCAGCUGAAUCUGGAAAAUUGGCGGAAACAUCGGAAACAUCAGAACCUCUACAUGGUGAUGAUGUUUUUUGCUCAGCUGAAUCCGGAAAAUCGGCCGAAACAUCGGAAUCAUCAGAAACAUCAGAACAUCUACAUGGUGAUGAUGACAACGAAUCUUCGAUAUUUCUAACAGCUGAAGAUGCUGAAGAUCCUCCAGAGCAAGAGGCACAACCUCUAGUUCGUCACUAUCUGGCAGGAAUUCCAGUGGUUUUUAAAGAUCCAUCAAUCAAUUUUUAUGGCUGGAAGAAACUUGGAGCGGGAGGAUUUGGAACUGUGUUUAAGGUCAUGAAACAAAAGUCGCGGAUCCCCGUGGCCUUAAAAAUCACAGAAAUCAAAAAGAGAGACGCCGAGAAGAUCUGGGAAUUGCAGGAGGUUGAGAUCUUGAAGAAACUCUCGGGUCACAAAAACAUUGUGAAACAAUUCAGCGCAAUGAUCUACGUCACUCCAGAAAGAAGCCAAUUAUGGUUCACGAUGGAAUAUUGUAGGGGGGGAUCUUUGAUGAAACUAAUUGAAGGAGCAGUUAAUAACUCCCUCUCAGAGGUCUGUAUCCGGUACAUCGCUAGAGAAGUGCUAGAGGGCUUGCACUACAUGCACCAUAAAUGUGUUGUCCACUGUGAUAUCAAAUCACCGAAUAUCACACUAAACCGUCGUGGGACCUUCAAGAUCAUUGAUUUCGGAUUGGCCGUGCAGUUGGAAAGAAUAGACAAGAAAAUCAUAGGUGCCCGCGGAACUACCUGUUGGAUGGCGCCCGAAGUCAUUGGCUGCAGAUACAACUGGCGACAGACCUACAACUUCAAGGUACGUUCAUUGGUUCUGUAAAUAAUUUGCAUUCAGUGGCCCUAGUGUUCAUUGACUUUAGUCUGGAACAUGUACGACUGCGAUAUCUAAUUCAUCAGCCCCUACAGUUGUAGAUUGUAUAUAAGUCACCAAUC